AUGAAGUCAAGGGAAGAGGUUACUCAAAGGAUUGGCGGCAGAAUUCUACACACGGGGAUAGAAAAAUUUUUUAUUUGUCAAAAGAGCUGCUUUUCUGAUAAGAUUUUAAUUUGUCUUGUUUCGUAUUAUAGAGGGCCGUUCAUUACGGCGUUGGGCAAAAUCUGGUGUCCUGAGCACUUUGUGUGUGUGAACGCUCAAUGUCGACGCCCUCUGCAGGACAUCGGCUUUGUGGAGGAUGACCAGGGACUGUACUGUGAGUUCUGCUUCGAGCAGUACCUUGCACCCACCUGUAGCAAGUGCAAUGCCAAGGUCAAGGGCGACUGCUUGAAUGCUAUUGGUAAACACUUCCAUCCUGAGUGUUUCACUUGUGCUUACUGCGGCAAACUCUUUGGUAACAGCCCCUUCUUCUUGGAGGAUGCCCUGCCUUACUGCGAAGCUGACUGGAACGAGCUGUUUACUACUAAAUGCUUCUCUUGUGGUUUUCCAAUUGAGGCUGGAGAUCGCUGGGUCGAGGCCCUCAACAACAACUACCACAGCCAGUGCUUCAACUGCACAAUGUGCAAAAAGAAUUUGGAAGGACAAAGUUUCUUCGCCAAGGGCGGCCGACCCUUCUGCAAGAACCAUGCUCGUUAAUUACUCUCAGCCAGUCUAGUCCAUCAUCACUUGUCAUCUACUCACCAACUAUAUAUAUAAAUAUAUAUUUAUUUACAUCAUAGUUUUGUAAGGUGUACAUAAAAAUUAGUGUAUUUGUAAUGAAAUUGAUCAAUUUUUCAAAGUUACCCGUUCAAGAAGUUUCCAUAGUAGCCCUAAGAUGUGAAGUUUACCAAAGAGUUUGAUACAAUAUUAGAUAUCAAGUCAAGCCUCCAGCACUCACGCUGUUGGUUUGGAGUUUGACUUGAAAUUUUGAUCUGGUUAUUGUUCUAGCCUUCCAAAGAGGAUGCAAUAAAGAUCAUUUUUCACAUGAGAUUAAAUAUUGGGAGGGUUUUUUUUUGAAAACUUUCUAUAAGGAUAUCUCUAGCAAACAGCUAUAAAAUUAAUAAUUAAAAAAACCAAAUGAAGCAAAUAAGCUGGUUUUUUUUAACGUCAUCAUCUAGAUUUGUCAUGUUUUUUAAUAUAAUAUUUUCUUAAAACGUAAAAAUUAAAAUCCAUGCAAAAAUGUAUAUUACAUUUUUCACCCUAUUUAAAAAUGAUAGGAUGAAUUAAUGUUUUUAAAACAAUGCCAGGAUGGACCUAAACAGACAUAUUUUUCUAAUAUACAUUAAAUGAUGUUACAAUGUGUUACUUGGUGUGUUCACAUAUAGCCCAGAACCUAACUCGCUUAGAAUCAGUUUUACUGGAGUGUUACGAUAGUUUCAUGUUUUAGAUAGUGUUUAUUAACCACUGUUAGGUUUGCCAGUCCUUGCGGAUGGUUAACAUAAUUAUGUAUGUAAGAAAUAUUUAUGUCAAUAAAGCCAGUAUUCUCUCA